AUGGAAAAUCAUAAUAAUAAUAUCAUUGAAGAAGAAAAAUCAAAAGUAUAUCGAUAUCCAGAAAGUGUACCACCAAAGUUUCAAAAAUAUGAUGAUUGUGAUGAAGUUAAUCUUGAUAAAGCUGACAGCCAUUAUAAGAAUAGUAUUGGGUUAGGGAACAAUUCCUCAGGAUUUUGUGAUUUUUUGCCAUCAAGUGUUCAUGUCCCGUUUUUUUCGGCUCCAUCUGUGCAGUUGGGCGGAAAGAAAAGAUAUUGCCUAUGCUGCUCGAAACUAUUUGUAUUAAUUUUCUCUGUUAUUAUAUUAAUUUCUCUAUUUGGAAAGCAUCCAAUACAUAAUAGAAAUCGAUGGUGUAAUUCGGAACCUAAAUUUCCAUGGAAAGGCCCAACGAAUUUCACGUUCGAUCCGGACAUAUUAAAAAAUUUUCAACUUGAAAUCAAAGGAUAUUCUUUGCAUGGUCACGUGAUAAUAUCACGCUCACCCAAAGCGAAAAAUGUGACUAUUGACACCAAAAUACUAUUAAACAGUCCUCAUUUUCAAGAUUUUGUCACCGUAGUUACACAUGAAGAUCGUGUCACCGAGAAAUUCAGUCUUUUAAUUAAUUCUAUAGGAUAUGGAGUGAGACCUGCUUGUAUUUUUGUGCAAGUGGAAAUUAAGUUUCCGGAAUCGUUAAAGUAUUUCGGUGAUUUAAUUCUCGAUACAUUUAAUACGAAAAUUGCUACUGAAGAUAUGAAAGGCUUGAUAUUUGAGAAGGUUAAGUGGCGAGCUUUUGAUGAUUCUCAUAUUCAAGCGGAUAAUCUUCAAGCACGUCAAAUAAGCAUAUAUUCAAAUAGCAAAAUUAGUGGAUCAUAUUUAGUUUCAGAUUCACUCACUUUUCACACGUCAAACGCGGAAAUCGACACUAUUUUAUUCGAGGCACACACAGUAAAUGGUAAAAUUUUCGUUGAAAUUACUGAACCAGACGAGGAAGUUGAUUCAUCUGGAAGUAAUACUAUUCCAAAAAUUUCAUUGGAUACUACAAAUGGAAAUAUUGAAGGAUCUUAUUAUGUGAAUGGUGAAUGGCAGGCAGCCACAUCGAGUGGCAAUAUAGAGGUUGAGAUUUAUCUACCGAACGACGACGAUGUUAGUAAUUAUGAGCGAAAAAUCACAAGAAUCACUGGUCAGACUUCAAAUGGGCAUAUAAUUAUGGACGUGUCGGAUGAAUAUCAAGGUCGUUUCCACAUGGCCACCUCAAAUGGUAAAACAGAGAUUAAGGGAGGUCAUGAUAUCCAAUACACAAUUGACACGAAACAAAUGAAAACCGGAUAUAAAGGGGACGAUGACACGUCGCAACGUAAUAACGAGUUGGUGUUGUUUAGUUCGAAUGGAAAGGCUAUUCUUAGCUUCUUUUAA